CAUCGCUGUAUCAGUAAACAACACUGCAUCCAAUUUACAGAAUUUUACAAAAAUUGUACCAGUUUUACGUAUUAAUUUUACUAAAUUAACAAAAAAUGGCCAAAGGUGUUCACAACUCUUUAUUUAGUGCUUUUUCACCGAAAAACGAACUGGCAACUGUGAGCCCCCAGGCAAUAAUCAUGAAUGAGAGGACACCCCAAAAUUGCUAAAAUGACUACCGUGUUGUUGUACAUGUACGAUUUGUCCGAUGGGUGGUGCAACAACCUGGGUCCUCUGUGUCCCGUGAAGGCUGUAUGGCACACCAGUAUCGUGGUCUACGGGAAAGAAUAUGUCUUCGGGAACACUGGGAUCAAAUUUCACGACCCUGGGAAGCCUCAGAAAAUUAUCGAACUGGGAGAGACAAACGUGCCCAUGUUGGACUUCAAGCUUUACGUGAAGGGGUUAAAGUACUCCGCGUGGGCGUAUUUUAAGUGUUUUUGUUGUCGUAUUUGUGUAUUUAAGGUUUGUUUUAGGGCUUCAUCGUAUAAUCCGUUUAAGCAUAACUGCAAUCAUUUUACUGAGCACAUUUCGGAGUUUCUGGGGGUGAGUUCAGUUCCAGAAGAAGUUUUUACUGCGGUUGAUAAGUUGAGGGAGUCCCCGUUUUAUUCCAAGGUGGUGGAUUGGAUUACCAAAAAUGGUCAGAAGGAGCCGAAGAGGGUGGAUUUGUAAGGGUUUUGGCUUGGUUUUUUGCAAUAAUGUUACUAUUGGAAAAUUUUUGUGUGGUUGACAAGGGUACAAUUUACAGGUAUUUAUUACAUAAUAAUGUAAUGUACUGAAGUUUACCUUUUGUAUUUUUUGUUAACUAUUACUAUGAAAUGUAUACAAAAUUCGUACUUUGUUGUGUGCAAAGCUACUGCUUCUGAAUUACUACAUUGUAUUUUAAAAUAAAUGUAAUUAAUGCAGAAUAAAGUUAAAGUGUUCCAGUG